CGAGCAUCAUCCCAUCCGGACAGCCAACCAUCGUCACCGCAUGCGGCCAUCUCCCCUCCGCUCCGGAAUUCCACGGUACCUGGGUUGACAAAAUGAAUCCAGAACCUGGCAUGGGCUGUCAGGUCACUGCCAGAGUAUCCAUCUCCCCCUCAGUGAUCGUCCAAUCAAUCUCGGUCAUGGUGGGGUGCUGUUUGCAAACUGACACAGGAGGGCCCAAUCUCGUUCAUCCUCUCCUCUGCAACUUCCUUGCAGGACCAUACUUCUUGGUUAAUUUUAUUUUUUAUAUUUUUUAAAAAUACGAUUUACUUCACUGCAUACGCUAUAUGUGACCUGUCCUCUACCUCCAGACUACUCUCCACAUCCCCUUCGUGUUUAAUACAUUACCCCUCUUUCAACAUUCCCGAGGAAAGCGUUCUUUGCUUUUUGCGGCGCUCUGAUUGUUCCUAUAAAGAGCGCGACUAUAUUCACAUCCGGGCUGUCUUUUCUCGCCUGCGUUGUUACUUAUUUAGAAUUGACCCUUUCUAUUGUAAUUCGAUCUGAUUAUUCAAUUCUCAACCAAGAUGUCGCCAUUGGCGGUUCCGACAGGGACGGUCGAGAUUGUGAAUAUCCAUCAAAAUGACGUGGGGUAUUCCUUAGUGAACGAUAUCCGCAACGGUCUUAACCCCCCCGCCGGGUCCCCGCGUUCCAUGCCCACCAUGCUGCUGUACGACGCCCAAGGCCUGAAGCUGUUUGAGGAGAUUACCUACCAGGACGAAUACUACUUGACCAACGCCGAGAUUGAGGUGUUGGAGACCCAUGCCAAGAGGAUCGUCGAAUACAUCCCCAACAAGGCACAGAUACUUGAGCUAGGUAGUGGAAACCUCCGGAAAAUUGAGAUCUUGCUACGGGAGCUGGAACGCGUAGGCAAAGACGUGGACUACUACGCCCUGGACCUCUCCCUGUCGGAACUCCAGCGCACGUUCGCCGAGGUCUCCGUGGACCGCUACCAACAUGUUCGCUUGCACGGGCUACACGGAACUUACGACGAUGCCUUGGAGUGGCUGGGGCCCCCGGAGUCCCGGUCUCGUCCCGCGGUCAUCCUGUCGAUGGGGUCGUCGUUGGGCAAUUUCAGUCGUCCCGAGGCCGCGGGGUUUUUGGCGCAAUUCGCAAAGCUGCUAGGCCCCGCCGACCACAUGGCCAUCGGUCUGGAUUCGUGCGAGGACCCCGAUCGAGUUUAUAAAGCGUACAAUGACACCAAGGGCGUGACGCGACAGUUCUACGAGAAUGGGCUGGCGCAUGCGAACGCCGUCCUCGGACACGAGGCCUUCAAGCCGGGAGAGUGGGACGUGGUGACGGAGUAUGACCCUGUCGGGGGACGGCACCAGGCGUUUUACUCGCCCAAGAAGGACAUGGUCAUCGAGGGUGCUCAUCUGCGCAAGGGCGAAAGGCUGGUCUUCGAGGAGGCGUUCAAGUAUUCCGCGCAGCAGCGCGAAGAUUUGUGGCGCAGUGCGAACUUGGUUUUGGGUACGGAGUUUGGGAAUGGAUCCGGCGAGUACCAUAUCCACCUCUUGUCAUCCGCUGCGUUCCGCUUCCCGACCUCUGUGUCGGAGUAUGCCCCCAGCGCUGUACCCACCCUGAAAGAGUGGGAGUCCCUGUGGACGGCAUGGGAUGUGGCGACCAAAUCGAUGGUACCCCGAGAGGAACUUCUGUCCAAACCGAUCAAACUGCGAAACGCACUUAUCUUCUACCUUGGGCACAUUCCCACGUUUUUGGACAUCCACUUGACCCGUGCUCUCUCAGGGAAGCCCACCGAGCCCAGAUCUUACCAGCAGAUCUUUGAGCGGGGGAUCGACCCCGACGUAGACAACCCGGAACAGUGCCAUAAGCACAGUGAGAUUCCCGACGAGUGGCCGCCGCUGGGUGAGAUCCUGGACUACCAGAACCGCGUCCGGAGUCGCGUGAGGGCCGUCUGUCAACGGGACGACCUUGGGCAGAACCGGUCCUUGGGGGAGGCGCUGUGGAUCGGGUUCGAGCAUGAAGCCAUGCAUCUCGAAACAUUCCUCUACAUGCUGCUCCAGAGUGACAGAACGCUCGCCCCCGCUGGUGUCGAGCGGCCGGACUUUCAGCAGAUAUUCGACCACGCGCGGAAGCACGCCAAAGCGAACGAGUGGUUUACCGUUCCGGAACGGACGCUCGCCAUUGGGCUUGACGAUGACGGGAGCUCGGUUCCGCCAGUCUCAUUCGGGUGGGACAAUGAGAAGCCGGAGCGGACGGUCACCGUGGCGGCGUUUGAAGCGCGCGCGCAGCCCAUCACCAACAGCGACUAUUUCCAGUAUCUGCAGGCUAAUCCGCACCGCCGCCCGCCCGCGUCGUGGACCCUCGCCCAUACGGAUGGCCCGGAUUCGAUGUCCCGGUUCGCCGUCCGCACGCUGUUCGGGCCGGUUCCUCUGGAUCUCGCGCAGGACUGGCCGUUGAUCGCAUCGUAUGAGGAGCUUGACGGGUAUGCGCAGUCAGUGAAGUGUCGGAUUCCGACGAUGGAGGAAGUCCGGAGUAUUUACGUGCACGCGGCAGCAUUGCAGACAGAGGGGAGGGGACAUAUCAAUGGGACAGGAAAUGGGGAAGUCAACGGAACGGGAAUUAAGGAAGUCAACGGAAAUGGAUUCAAGGAAGUCAACGGGAAUGGAUUGAAGGAAGUCAACGGAAACGGAGUCCAUGGGAAUGGAAAUAGCCAUUCGAAGAUCAACCCCACCCGACCUCGGUCGCCGGACCACCAGCCUGUUCAACCCAUUUCGCGAGAGGGGCUGCCAGUGUACGUGGAACUCAACGGACACAACGUUGGAUUCCAGCACUGGCACCCUACCCCGGUGAUCGCGCAGGGCGAUCGACUGGCGGGACAGGGGGAUUUCGGAGGGGUGUGGGAGUGGACGAGCACGGCGUUGGCUGCGCAUGAGGGAUUCCGCGCGAUGGAGAUAUAUCCAGGAUAUACCUCGGACUUCUUCGACGGAAAGCACCACGUUGUCCUGGGUGGAUCAUGGGCGACGCACCCGCGGAUCGCCGGACGGAGCACAUUCGUGAACUGGUACCAAACCAACUAUCCUUACGCAUGGGCCGGGGGACGAUUAGUGCGGGACGUGUGAUUAGACACCACACCUACCUAGAUAGUCAACAUCAAGUUUGACCAGAGCUAUUUAUCCAUUCCCCGUUGUAGAAAGUAGAUUGUAGCAGAGUACCGUGGGACUUCUUCCCACGAGAGUAGUGAUCCACCAUCGUCAAC